AUGCCACUUCGGUCACCAAAACCAACAAUGAAUGGAUAUCCAACGCAAUCAGGGGGAAAUAGAAAAGCACCACCCUACAAUCCCUUUCCCCCAGGCAAUGGAAAAGAAAUGUUGUAUCCUCCCACAUUAAAUUUUUUUUUUAUUGUUAUUUCAAACAAUUUUAACCUUUUUUUGUCGCCCCCAAUGUAUUGUAACGCUGUCAAGUUUGGUGACGCAUCUUGGCUUUUAUUUUUUUUUUUUUUAGUUUAA